CUGGCAGAAGCGGAUGAAUCGACGCAGGCGGAAGGGGGGAGUGACGGCGGAGCAAGCGCGUGGGCGGAAAAGGUGCGCGCGGUGGGCGGAAGCGGGAAGGAGAGGCAGCUGGCGCGGCUGCUGCCGGUGCUGUUCCUGGUGUCGUCAUCUCUCAUGCCCACUGCGCGCCGAUACCCGCUGCUGCUGCGCGAUCGACGGUUGCUACACCACGUGCGCACCGGGCUGUUCGGAGUUGACCUCGCCGCGCUCUCCAUCCCCCUGGACGCCACGUCAGCUUAUUCCACGUCAGCAGCUGCGCGUCCGCACCUGUUCUUCUCGAAGAAGCUCUACCUCCCGCUACACCCGGACUCCCUCUGCGGAUUCGCCGCUUCUCCCCGCCCCCGCUCCCCCGACCCCCUCUGGCGCACCCUCCGCGCGCACCACCUCCUCCCCCCAAACGGCUUGCCGAUCCUCAACCCGAACUGGGUGCCUCGGCUGCCGAACCAGCACCUGAACCUGCAGGCUCGGCCGCACAUGAUGGUUGGGGAGGCACUGCGUCGGGAUUGGGUGGUGGUGGUGUCGCUUGUUUGGAGUGCGCACGGGGGGAGGGAAGGCCAGGGGGUGGCAGGGGGGGAGGAUAUCGGAUUGGGGGAGGGGGAGCUCGCGGAAGGGGGAGCAGGCGGAGGGGAGGGCGUGGAAGGUGACAAUAAGGAGGCGGCUGACGCGAUGAACCGUGUGAUUGUAAUGAUGCGGGAGCUCUUCGGCGAGGCGCGAGUGGUGGUAUACGACGAGCACGUGCCGCUACUUCAGGCUAAGGAGCUCUUUUCCCGCGCGAUCCUGUUCGUCGGUCCCACGUCGCCCGCGCUUUCGGCUCUUAUCUUCAUGCCCUUCAACUCCACGCUCAUCGAAAUCCUCCCUCGCACCGUCGCCAUGGCAGCUGCGUCCAUCCCUGUUGUCGGCCAGCAGCGGGCUGCCACGUGGCACUUCCACCUCGCUUCCCGCCUCGGGAUCCAUCACUUUCUCUCAGCCUGCGAUCCGACUAAGGUGAACUGGCAUUCUCAGGAGCGCUGCCACGUGGACGAGGUGUACGGUACAGUCACCGCGAUGAUCCGUAACAACCCUACACUCCACACGUUCACCGGGUUACCACCCGUCUCCUUUCCACCAGACGAGCCGGCCAGCCUCGGCGACUUCCGAAGCAGGAUCCCAGGAUCGAGGCUCAGGCCCGGAACAGGCGAGGCGGCGGCGUUCAAGCAGUGGAUGAGCUGCGUGGCGGAGCGCGGCGAGUGGCGGUACAACGCGACGCCUAGGGUCCUACCGUGGGAGGAGAAACAGCCAAUAUCAACUUCUCCUGUUGCCACGUGGCGUGGUGGUGAUGGGUCCCACCCAGCGAAGUUUCAGCACACCUUCGUUCCGCCGCCAGCGGUUCCCCCAUCGGCGGGGUUCGCGUUCGUUCCGCGCUUCACAGCUCUCCGCGGAGAAUGGCCCUCUCCCUCCCCGCUGCCCGCCACUCAGCCCUCCGCGCACGCAGCAGCGCGGAGGGGGAAGGAGGGCGGGGGAAGCAGAAGGCAGAGCAGGGGGAAGGGUGGGUCUGUAGGGGCGGAAGGAGCAGUGGCAGGGGCGGCAAGAGGGGAGGGUGAGCAGGCAUCAAUUGGAGAUGAAGAGGCUUAUCUGGAGGAUGGAGCGUGGGAGGAAGGCAAUAGAGAGGAGGAUGAAGACGUGGAUGUCCACGCGGAUUCAGGCCGUCAUGGGACACGCAUGCUGGUUGGUAGUGCAGCCGCGCCCCCAUCCGUGCUGCCUGCUGCGCGCCAAGCUGCUUGCACACACGCUCCCCUUGCUUCCCCUCUCACCUCUGCUUUCUGCAUCCCCCCUCCCACCUCCCCCCUCCCCCCUCGGGCACAGGAUGCUUGUGGUGCAGCAGUGCCCCCAUCCGCGCUGCCUGCUGCGCGCCAAGCUGCAUGCGCACUUCCUGCCCCCUCCUCAUCACCUCUGCUUCCUGCUUCCUCUCUCCCCCUUCCCCGCCCCCCGCCCCCCAGCAUGCUAGUAGUGCAGCCGCGCCCCCAUCCGCGCUGGCUGCUGCGCGCCAAGCUGGGGGAGGCGCUGCGAUUGGUGGACUCGCUCACAGGCACGGACAGCCAAUGGGAGAUGGAGCAGCGCUCGUGGGGGGGCGCAGGGGGAGGGGAGGCGGCGGAUGCAGUGUGGUGGGGCCAGGACUCACAGCAGCGGCGGGGAGGAGCGAGAGAGUGGCAGGGGGAAGGAGCGCAGUGGCAGGGAGAAGGGGAGCAGUGGCGGCAAGGGGAAGAGGCUGAGGCUGAGUGGAGAAGGCGGAGUGAGGAGAGGGGGAUGCGUGGGAAUGGGGUGGAGGGAAGAGGGCGGAGUGGGGAUGGCGUGGAGGGGUUUGGGUUUCCGCCCCCAGGAGGGGGUCACCCUUGGGUGGUGGUGCACAGCAGAGGGCGGGGGAUACGCGCAGGGUCGUUCUUCGGCAGUGGCAUGAUGGAGAGCAUUGCUGCUCAUGUGCAUGCUUCGCACACCAUGGGUGUACCAGUGGAGGCCGUAUUCGUGAAUGCUACUCUCUCAGGCGUGCAGCAGCGGAAUCUCGAGGCUGCAUGGGGUCUGCCUGUGGUGGACAGGGUAGGGUUGAUCAUUGAGAUUUUCGGUGCUCGCGCCAACACACGAGAGGCCAAGCUGCAG